AUCAUGACUUCCACGCUCAACGGACCCAUCAUUCCUGGGUUUGCUCCAGAUCCGUCCGUGACUCGCAUUGGCGACACGUUCUUCCUUGUUAACUCGACUUUCCAUUUGUUCCCUGGUCUUCCAAUCUAUGCUUCCAAGGAUCUUGUGAACUGGACUUUGAUCGGCAAUGCCAUCAACCGUAAAUCACAAAUUUCAUUGCGCCUCUCCGACACAAAACUGGAACCUCAAGACGAUGGAACAGUAAUGCUUGCUACGGGAGGUCUCUUCGCGCCGACCAUCAGACACGACUCGAAAUCCGGAAAGACACAUAUCAUCAACACGAACGUCAUCCACCCCGAGGAUGGUGGGAAAGACAUUCCCAAGAACUUCAUCCUUGAGACCGACGACAUCUGGUCAGACAAUUGGAGUGACCCAGUCUACUUGGACUUCGAUGGCAUCGAUCCUUCGAUUUUCUGGGACGAAGAUGGCAAAGCCUAUGUCUGCGGAAGCCAUGGUCCAGGUCCAAUGACCACAAUCGCUUUAUUCGAGGUUGACCUGUCUACAGGCAAGAAGUUGUCCGAUGAGAAGAUCGUUUGGAAGGGUACAGGAGGUAUCUAUCCAGAAGGUCCACACAUCUACACAAAAGACGGCUACUACUAUCUGCUAAUCUCCGAGGGCGGCACCUUCAAGGAUCAUAUGAUUACUGUCGCAAGGUCGGACAAGAUCUGGGGUCCUUAUGAUGCAUAUGAGAACAACCCGAUUCUCACCGCAGCGGGGACAGACAACUACGUCCAUUGUACUGGGCACUGCGAUAUGUUUCAAGACAACGAAGAUCGAUGGUGGGGUGUCUGCCUUGCGAUGCGGAUGAGAGGUUCGAGAUUCCACAUGGGUCGCGAAUCUUUUCUGGUAACCGGGCAUUGGGAACAAGGCGGAUGGCCCAAGCUUGACACGGUCGAGGUGACAUCGUCACACAAGUUCAAGACUGACGUUGUAAAGACAACAAAGACCGGCUUGGACUGGCUUUAUAUUCGCGAUGUUAAUCUCGAGCACCACAGAAUCGAGGGCUCAACCAUUCACCUAACUCCAAGCAAAGCAGACAUUUCACAGUGGCGGGAGCCCGUUUCGUUCGUCGGUAAGCGCCAGAGGAAGCUGCAAGGCAGCGCUUCGGUGACUUUGGCUGUUCCAAAGACAGGUUCAAGCCGCGCUGGUCUCGUCAUCUACAAGGACGAGCAUCGAUACACUCGACUCUACUACAACAGUAGCAGUAAAGCCAUCUGCUUUCAAGUCGUCAACAACGCAAAGAAGAUUAGCAGAAACGACAAGCAGGAGAUCUCAGACCAGACUUUCGACAUCAAACUACUGAUCGAGUACACUGAAGACAAGCUUGUCUUUCAGUACGAAGAGGAGAAAGGCGUGGUGAGGACGCUCGGGACUGUUGACACAGCAGAGUUGUCGAACGCAGACUUUGUCGGUCCUGUCAUCGGCGUGUUCGCUGUAUCAGACGAGGAAAGGGAUGAGAUUGUGUUUACCGACUUCCAAAACGAGCGAUAA